CCACUCUUUUGUAGACCUUGAUUCCUCUCAUGAGACAAAAAAUAGUAAUGCUCUGAGAGGCUCAUUCAAUGGACGCAAAGCUCCCACAGUUUAUUAUCUCCAAGCAAAUUUUCAGAUGGGGUUCUGUAAAUAAAUAUAUUUCUUCGUAUUUAUGCGCAACCCAUUUUCAAAUUUCUACUGAAAAUGAUCAAAACCAGCCAUACAAUAUUGAAUUUCAAUCAAAAGUUGUUCUUUUGAAGAACGAGCUUUACCCAGAUAAACUAAUUCGUGUUUUGGAUUCUACAAACAAUUUGAACGCUGCGGUCAAGAUAUUCAAAUGGGCUUCUCUUCAAAAACGCUUCCGUCAUACUGCAGACACGUAUAGCUGGAUAAUUCUGAAGCUGGGUAUGGCUGGAAAUAUUCGGGAAAUGGAUUUCUUUUGCAAUGAGAUGAUAAAGGCAAAAUGCUCAUAUGCAGAAGAAGCUUUGGUUCCGGUGAUUGAUUCGUUUGUUAGAAAUCAUAGGCUGACAGAAGCUUUAAGGGUUCUCGAGGUAAUGAAAUUGGGUAACUAUAAGCCUUCAGUCAUUACCUAUAAUGUUAUGCUGGGUUCUCUUGUGAAGGAGGGGAGUGAUUUUCAAUCUGUCUUGUUCUUUUAUAAGGAGAUGGUGAAAGCUGGGAUCGUUCCCAAUAUUGAUACAUUGAAUCAUUUGUUGGAGGCACUGUUCCAAGCCAAUAGAAUUAUCUCUGCCAUAGAUCAAUUCAGAAGAAUGAGCAUGAAAGGCUGUAGUCCUAAUAGUAGGACAUUUGAGAUAUUGAUAACCAGUCUUUGUGCUAGAAACCAAGUUGAUGAAUCAGUCUCAUUUUUGAAAGAGAUGUUUGAGCAAAGGUGCAUUGGAGAUAGAAGAUUUUAUAAUAUUACCAUACCUAUUUUUUGUCAGGUUAGUAGGCCAGACCAGGCAAUUAGGUUAUUUAGAAUGAUGAGAUCUUCUGGUUUUGUGCCUGAAACAUUUGUUUAUCGGAUUCUGAUUCAGUGCUUAUGUGAGAACCCAGAGUUGGAUGAGGCAAUUAAGCUUCUUGAGGAUAUGAUAGAAACUGGUUUAACUCCUGAGGCUGAUGUCUAUGUGGAUAUUGUGAAUGGGUUUUGUAAAGUUGGGCAAUUUAGUGAAGCAAGAGACUUUUUGGAUGACAACUCCAUUUCAGAAGUUGAUCCUCACAAUGCUUUGCUCCUUGGUUAUUGCAAUGCCGGUAACUUUUUCAAGGCCUAUAAAUAUCUUCAGAAGAUGGUUGAAAGGAAUAUAGCAGAUAGCUUUUCUUGGAGUAUUCUUAUUCGGAGACUUUGUGAGAAUGGAGGAGUCAGAAAAACUUUUGAAGUUCUCAGUAGAAUGAUCAUAUCGUCGUAUGUCCCUGAGUGUGCUAUUCACUCUGCUCUUGUUGUUGGCCAGUGUAAAGUUAAAAAAUAUGAAUCAGCCCUAGAGCUAUUUUAUUGGGUCCGUGCCAAAUAUUGGCUGUUAGAUUAUGACUCUUAUGCAGAGUUGGUUGAAGGUCUUUGUCAUGUGGCAAAGUUAAAAGAAGCUACUGAAGUGUUGCAGUAUAUGUCUAGCAGUGGAUGCCCUCUCAGAGCUUCCUCGUUGAAUGUGUUGAUUGAAGCUUUUUGUUCAAGUGGAAAGAUGGAUGAAGCAAUCAGACUACGAUUGUUGGCCUUCUCUUCUGGCACUGUAUGUAGUCCUUUAGCAUACACUACUAUUAUGCACGGGUUAUGCAAUACAAACAAUGCAAAAUAUGUUUUAGUUCUCUUCUCGCAAAUGUUGGUCGAGGGUUGUGCUUUAGAUGUAGAAACAUACCAUGUCCUAUUAAAUGGGAUGUGUAUGCAGAACAGAACAAAUGAUUGUGCUCUAUUGUUUGGGCAGAUGGUUGCAAAUGGUUCAGAACCCAAUUCAAAAGCACUAAGUAAAGUGCUGCUUUUUAUGGCCCAUCAUUCUCAGUUGCAUACAAUUACCCACACAAUAGAAAAGCUUGCUUCUAAGGAUGAAGUUCUUCAUCCAGCAAUGUACAAUAUUGUGAUCAAUGGCCUCUUAAAUGAGGGUCAGAAACAUGAGGCCUGUAGGUUUUUGGAUCGGAUGUUGGAAAAGGGGUGGGUCCCUGAUGCUGUUACUCAUGGGUUGUUGAUUGGGACCAUUGGCAAAGAAGAAAUUGAUGGGGGAACCGACAUUCAUGAUAAUUUUAUACUGCAGGAUAAAGUUGGCAACAUACUGGCUGAGGGCUUGGAGUAAGCAUAGGAAGCUCCUUGAUCCUAAUGCUGAUGUGACUCGCUCCAAGGUGUACUUAUCUUUGCUAUACUUAAACUUUGUGACCUUUAAUGGGAACAAAAGUUGGCGUGGUCGAGUGAAUCCUCCCAUGAAGUGGUCAAAAAUACUUUUGAACCUGAGAUUUAUGGCUAAUAAAUAUUUCAGGUUUUUGAGCUCAAUAACAUCCCAGGCCAUCAGUUAUAUGGCAGAACUUUUGUGGGGACUGGGUCAUUCGGAAUUGUCUUUCAGGAAAAAUGCUUGGAGACUGGUAAGCUGCAGCUCGUGCGCCCCAUGGAUCACCCAAAUGUGAUUUCUCUGAAUGCUGUUUUUUUUUCUUUCUAAUUUCUACUACCAGUAAAAAACAAGCUUUUACUCAACCUGGUCAUUGAAUGGGUCACCAAGACUGUGUAUCACUACAGCAAUGCGAACCAGAGGAUGCCAUUCAUCUAUGUUGAAACUCUAGACCUACCUGGUAUAUAUCCAUCUUUUGUUGUGUGUUUUGCAUAAUUUUACGUUUCUUACCCUGCUGUUAACUGAUUUGGGAUGGUCUCCAGAAUUUUAGGGGGCUGGCUUACACUCACACUGUACCUGGAGUUUGGCAUAGGGACAUGAAGCCUCAAAAUAUUGUGGUAUGUUCUUUCUGACUUCUGACAGUGU